AUGGCCCUGCGGCCGCCGGGGGAGGCUGGACCCCAGGACAAGGGAUGCUACCCGGCCGACUGGCUCCAGGGCAGCCCCCAACACCUGGCCGCCUACUACACGCCUUUCCCGCCCUACAGCCACUACGGGAACACCCUGACCGCGGCGGAGGAGGGUUUCCAGCCUUUCCGGCCUCUGGAAGCCUUGGGAGCGUCCCCGGCUCUGCCCCCCUUCGGCUUCCGGACCGCGCCUCCCUUGCUGAGCCCGGGCCUGGCCCUGCCGAGGGAGCCGCUGUGCGACCUGCCCUGGUACAGCAAGCUGCCGACCUGGUACCCUGUUCCCCACCUCCCCAGGGAGGUGCCACACUUCCAAAACAGCAGUCGCGAGUUUACCGGCGCCGCCAGCGAGGACUUGGCACACACCGCCGGCCGGAGCGACGGUGGCCAGUGUUGGGGACCUGAGAUUUUCGUUCCGCCGCCCCCCGUGGAUGCUUCGUUGUUACCUGAGAGGCCGAAGCCCUCGCAGCUGUUAUCCGGGUCCCCUAGCGAGCCCUCUGAGGAUGGCGCCAAACUCGUGAACCGAGAGGGGAAGGCUUCUCGCCGCUACCACUUCACCCAGGAAGACCUGCACUUGGUUCUGUACGGGGUCAUCCCCAGCCCGCAGCACUCAGCCCGCCUGCACCACGCGAUCUCGGGCCUCCUGAUCUCCACCGACAGCGCCGGGGCUGAUUCUCUUCCUCAGACUCUGGAUAACGACUCCCUUCAGCUACCAGAAGGUCUCUGCCUCCAGCAGACGAAGUUUGGUGAAGUUGCACAUUUUGGCGUGUUCUGCAGUAGUCUUGUGGCCAAAGGAGUCAGGUUUGGGCCCUUUCAGGGUAAAGUGGUCAACACCAGCGAAGUCAAGACACAUGGAGACAAUUCCCUGAUGUGGGAGAUCUUUGAAGAUGGUCAGUUGAGCCACUUUAUUGAUGGAAAAGGAGGUGCAGGGAACUGGAUGUCCUAUGUCAACUGUGCCCGUUUCCCGUCGGAGCAGAACCUGGUGGCAGUACAAUGUCAAGGGCAGAUCUUCUACGAGAGCUGCAAGGAGAUCUACCAGAACCAGGAGCUCCUCGUGUGGUACGGAGAUUGCUAUGAGAAAUUUCUGGACAUUCCCGUGAGCCUCCUCAAGCAGGGGAAGCAGGCGUCUGGGUCCUCUGAAGAGUCUGCGGAAGGGUACAGGUGUGAAAGAUGUGGCAAGGUGUUCACCUACAAAUACUAUAGGGACAAGCAUCUGAAGUACACGCCUUGUGUGGACAAGGGUGACAGGAAAUUUCCCUGUUCUUUAUGCAAACGAUCCUUUGAGAAGAGAGACCGGCUCCGGAUCCACAUCCUUCACGUUCAUGAGAAGCAUCGGCCUCACAAGUGUUCUACAUGCGGGAAGUGUUUCUCUCAAUCUUCCAGUCUAAACAAACACAUGAGAGUCCAUUCUGGAGACAGACCCUACCACUGUGUGUAUUGUACUAAGAAAUUCACUGCCUCCAGUAUACUCCGCACGCAUAUCAGGCAGCACUCGGGGGAGAAGCCCUUCAAAUGCAAGUACUGUGGUAAAUCUUUUGCAUCGCACGCUGCUCACGACAGCCAUGUCCGGCGCUCGCACAGGGAGGAUGACGGCUCUCCCUGUAACACCUGUGGAAAAACCUUCUCGGAUCAAGAAGCCUUCCACUCCCACAUGAAGUCUCAUGAAGACUGCUAG